AUGGAAUCCGCCGGUCAUUAUCGGUCACAUGCUCCAUACGGAAUUCUGCUCUCUUCUUCUUCUUCGUCGUCGUCGUCUUCUUCCUUCUUUGCUUCUUCUAUUCCUCCUGUGGAUAUCCGGGCGGCGACAGCACCGAGACCGGAGGCCGCGAGAAACGAACGCACGUCCCUGUUGCAGCCUACGGGCUUACGUCGCGGCUCUCACGCGGCAGAGCUGGGGAUCUUUCUUGCUAGCUAAGGAUCCGAGAGACGCGACGGCGCACAUCACCCACCGACCGACCGUCCGCCCGUCCUGCGUAUGCGUACGGUAGC